CUCCUCUGCCUGCCCCGCUUCCUCUUCCGCCGGGAGAGAGCUGAGCUUCCCGGGCAGAGAACCUGCAGCCCGGGCUGAGCCGCUGCUGCUCCCCAGCGGGGUCUGUGAGGAGAGAGAACUGCACUGACCCCCCCUCCCCUCUGUGCCCAGCCGGGGGGACUUUCUGCGGCAGCUGGAACCAGCCCCUGGGGCAGCCCCGGGCUCUGCCGACACCAGCCCCUGAGCCGGAGCCUGCAGGGGCCAGCGGCCGGCAAGGAGGUGGGUGUGUAUUCCACCAUGGAGCCGUGCGUCCUGCUGGAUCCUCACCAAAAAGCCCUGUACAGGGACGUCAUGCAAGAAAGCUACGACACCCUGAUGUCGCUGGAAUUUCCCUUUCUGAAAGCGGAGGUGAUCUCCCGACUGGAACGGCGUCGCAGAGGCUCCAAGGAGAGGGAGAUCCCAGCAGCGUCUGGCCCAGGUGAUGGGACGGCGAGUGAGACCGAGGAGGAGAAUCCCCCGAAGGAAGGCCCUGAGCCAGCAGAACCACGGGAGAUGCUGCCGGAAGGAUUUUCAGGAGCUGUUUGCCAGGGGCCUGCUGGGGUGAGGCUGGGAGGGGCAGGGAGGAGACAGGGCAAACCCACCCCUCAGGGGCCCAGCCCCAAGAAACUGCAGGAUAUCACAGCUCACCAGCGAACACCCCAGGGCCAGAAACCCUACCCGUGCCAGGACUGUGGCAAGAGCUUCAUCUGGAGCUCGCACCUGGAGCGGCAUCGGCGCGUCCACACAGGCGAGCGCCCCUAUGCCUGCCCUGAGUGCGGUGAGCGCUUCACCCAGAGCUCCCACCUCCGGCAGCACCAGCUGGCCCAUGGCGGCGAGCGCCCCUACAAGUGUGGCGACUGUGGCAAGCGCUUCGGUGACCCGCCAGCCCUGGCAGCCCACCGGCGCGGCCACCUGGAGGACAAACCCUACCGCUGCGCCCAGUGCGGCAAAGGUUUCGCCUGGAGCUCCCACCUGGAGCGUCACCGGCGCGUCCAUACUGGCGAGCGGCCCUACCGGUGCAGGGAGUGCGGGGAGGCCUUCGCCCAGAGUGCCCACCUCACCAAGCACCGCCGGACCCACACCGGGGAGCGCCCCUACCGCUGCCCCCACUGCGGGAAGGGCUUCGGGGACAGCUCUGACCUCACGCGACACAAACGGACCCACACAGCUGGGAGCAUCAGGCAGCGCCAACAACCCGCUCGCAAGCAGAGUCCGGCCAAGCCCAGGAAAGCUCAGCAGAAGGGGAAACACAGCCGCUGCAGCCAGGGCGCUGGGGAGAGCUUGGGGCGACCACAACAGCAGCAGGGUCCCCAGUGCCAGGACUGCAGGCUGGGCUCCAAGCCCCGGAGAGCCCACCAGGAGGGGACGUGCAGCUGCUUCAGGGAGAGCUCGGAGCUGUUUCAGGGUUCAGAGGCCCUGGGACCCCAGCCCAAGCGGAAAUCCCACCCCUGUGGGCACUGCGGGAAGGUCUUCACCUGGAGCUCCCACCUGGAGCGGCACCGGCGCGUCCACACCGGCGAGCGGCCCUAUGCCUGCCCCGAGUGUGGCGAGCGCUUCGCUCAGAGCGCCCACCUCACCAAGCAUCGCCGGACCCACACCGGCGAGCGGCCCUACACCUGCCCCCACUGUGGGAAGGGCUUCGUUGAGAGCUCCGACCUGGCACGGCACCGGCGCACCCACACCGGGGAGAAGCCCUACAGGUGCGGGCAGUGCGGGAAAGGCUUCAGUGUCCGCUCGGCCCUCACCAAGCACCACAGGGAGCACGCGGGGAGCACGCCAUGAGUGGUUGCCACCGAGAGCCUGCGCCAGGCUGCCCCGUCCCUCAGGGAGAGGAGAGGAAAACCUGGCACUUCCAUUUCACAUUGCACGCUUGGGAGAAGGCCCCCGGGAUGGCCCGAGGGCCUCUGGGCUUGAGACACCCCCGCCACACGGGACGGCCCAAGGGCAUCUAGACCAAGACCCCUCCAGGACGGCCCGAUGGCCUCACUACCUCUGAAAACCCAUGCUGGAAAGCACACUUCCAGCUUUAGUACUGACGUAUCCUAAAAGUGACUCUUCAAAUGUGGCUGUUUUGUCACCCUAUAGUGCCCUGCAAUCACAGGGGCUCCGUUUCCCAGCAAUAAGAUCUUUAUUCUCACUGCCAGCCCUGGGAUGGAAGAGAAGCACUGGGUUCUUUCCUUCUCACGCGUCAUCACCAGGAAUAAAGGGUUCACGGGGCGAAUUCUUGCUUGUGCAGCCGCUGGCACCCUCACCCUCUGUGACCCCUCCAUGACAGAUUUCAUGCCCCGAGGGCCAUACGUAGGUCGACCCCCCGUGGAGACGCAGCUAGGUUGAUAGAUUCUUCCCUCCACUUCACUACUGCCUCUCAGAGAAGUGGAUUUACUGCAUCACUGGAAAAUCCCCUUUUGUCAGCGUAGGCAGCAUCCCAGCUGCAGUGCCGUAGAUGUGUUGCUGCCGUGGCUGUAGAGCAGAUGUGGCCUCAGAAGCAGUUCUGUUGCGAUUGCCCAGGGUGGGAUGGGGCAGUUGCAGGGCAAACGGGAGAUAGAGGCAGCAAGCACUCGAGGCCCGACUCUGCUACAUGCAGGGAGCAGGGCAGCGGGGUGGAGAAAAGGGGCCAGUCCUGUGGGAUACGUUCUCAGAUUGCAAUCACAAGAAGAAAAAUGUGCUACAGGGGGUGAGUGGCCAUAGUGUGUCUCCUCUCUCCACCACCGGCCUAUACGGCUGGGACUCCUUUACAGCAGGAUGACCGAAAGGGGAACCAGCCCCUUUAAACUUUCUUUAAAGAACGUUGAGCGUUGAAGAGGUUGACCCUAAAAGAAAGUGGCAAAUAACCAGCCAGGGGGUCUGGCUUCAGGGGUUUCAGAAUCUGGCUGGUCCAAAUUUUAAUUUUUCAUUCCAUUCCGAGAAUGACAUUUUUUUCAUGAAAAAUCUUUCUUGCUUUUUUCUUUUUUUUAAGGAUGAAAAAAAAUCUGAAAUUCAAAACGUUUUCCUCUCCAAUUCAAGGAUUCCGCUUUGGAGGGGGAUCGAGGGUUGUUGGUGCAUGCGUGCAUGUGUCUUUUUUCUGCGUUCUCUUUCUAUUUAACUUUCCCAUCUUUUUUUUUUUCCCCUCUGGAAGAGGAGUGGGAAUCAAAUGAGAGCAAUUUGGAGGCAGAAAAAACAUUUUCUCUAACUUUUUUUCCACUGGAAAAUUAAAGAAAAACAAAGAAAGAAAAGGUGAGAAUGGGAAAUGCAGACACAUGCAAAAAAUGAAAAUUUUGUAAAUAAAACAAAAAAUUCAAUUCAUUUUACAAUUUUGGAUUUAAAAAAAGGGGUUUCUGGGUUGAUCCUCACAAACUGUUUGACGAACAAAAUACAGACCUCUGGUUUUUAAAGGACCACAGAGUAGUACCCUGGUGGGGGGUAACUUUCAGAGAGGGUCACCAUGAUGUCAUCUCGGCCUGACCUCUUGCCUUUGAACAGGGCAGGCUAGAUUGCUCUAAAUGCCUAGUGGGGAUCUUUCCAGCUUUAUAUGCUGCAUCUCUCACCGUGGUAUCUGGGCACAAGGGUGGUGUGCAUAAUGGAGUUGCGGGGGCGUUUCUGGCAAUUCUGAAAAAUCAACGAAAAAACAUUGUUUCAGGUCAAUCCCAAAAUGAUUUUUUAAAAGUUUUCAGUAAAUUGAAAAGUUGGAAAGAAAAAUGCAUUUCUGAUCAAAUGCAGCAUUUUAUUCCACCCCAGACAAAACCAGUCUGUUUCAAUGGUGAGCCAUUUUUUAUGUUUAAAAAAGAAUAAAAUUAAAAGGAAUUUUGAUCGAA